AUGACUAUUGAUCAUGUUCAUAACCUCUCUCAACCUAUCUAUCCUCUGCAAACUUCAAAUACACGUGAGUUGUAAAGAAGAUGCAAUUAAAAAUGUCGAAAAAAUUCAAUAAGAAAGAAGUGUAUCAAAUGCUUUUAACAGAGGAUAUAUUUAUUUCGGAUAUAUUUUCUAGAAUGCCAUUAUCAACGUGUGAAUUGGAAAAGCAGAAUCAACCAUUAAUAGGAGAGAGAGAAUCGAUGAAAAAAGUCAAGGCUUUUACUUCAUCAGGCAAGAAAACAGAAAAAGGACACACUUUUGAGUUACAUGCAAAAUUAGAUAAAUUAAAAGGUGUGAAAAAGUUGGACUACAAACAGAAACUUCUUAAAAAAACUCUGAAGAACAGAAUCAAAAAGAAUACAAAAAAGGAACAGCGUUUACUACAGAAAAAACUUGCUAGGAUAGAACAAAAUGCAGCUGGUGAUAGUAAAAUAAAGAUUGAUAAUGAAGAGGUGCCAAAAGUUCCAAAACCAAAACCAGUGUUUAAUUCAGAAGGUAAAAUGGUGUUUAGUAAGUUUGAUUUUCUGGAUUGGAAUAAGAAAAAAUUACCUAAAGAUCAGAAUGAUCCUAAAAAACUUUUACAACAAUUACAACAAAAGAAAGAAAAAUUGAAGCAAUUAGAAAAUUCAGGUGAUAAAGAAAAAGCUGAGGAUAUUAAAGAGAAAGAUGCAUGGAAAUCUGCAUUGGCAAAAGCGAGUGGUGAAAAAGUUAAAGAUAAUCCAGAAUUGCUCAAACGUACUAUAAAGCAAAAAGAACAGAAGAAGAAACACAGUGCAAAUAAAUGGAAUUCCAGGAUAGAGAAAGUACAAAAAUCUAAACAGGAAAGGCAAGAGAAACGACAACAAAAUAUUAUGAAGAGGAAGAAAGAAAAAAAAUCAAAUAAAUUGAAAAAAGCAGCAAAGAAAGGACGUAUAAUAGCUUGAUUUUAAGUAUCAAUUAGUUAGUUGGACUUAUAUUCCGCGACUUUUUACAUUAAAAAAUAUAAAAUAUGUUUGCGUGUAAGCUUUGCUUUGUUAUUAUGAUUUUUAUUUACAUGCAAAAGUAAAUCAGAAUACAUAUACAAAAUUGACAUUUUUAUAAAAGUAUAAAAUUCAUUUUUAAUUUGAAUUCAUAAGUAUGGAAUUAAGCGAAUUGUAUACGUUCGUUCGUACAUAUACUAUCGAAAAUCAUUUUAUUCACAGAUCUAGGAAGAGAGAUAAGGUCAAAUAAUAUAAUACAUGUUAUGAUAUUUGUUAGUAAAAGGAAACUGGUUUUUUAAAAAGUUGAAUAAUACGUGUGUACAAUAUCGAUCUAUAUAAUACAUUUACGAAUAAUAUUUUAUUAAUAUAAUUUCGUUUUUGUUUGUACAUUAACAAAUCUGUAUUUACAUUAACACAUUUGUAUCGUAGACCAGCUACUUUCUACAACUAUCGCAUACAUUCUAGAUAAUAAUUAUCGUGUAAAAAGCUCUACUCGCAAAUGUCGCGAGCAAAUAGUUGUAUAAAAUUUUACAUAUACAUCGCUAUGCUUUGUCGCACUUACACGCAAAGAUCAUAUGAUGCUCUUGAAGAAUAUUUUCUCAUACA